AUGUCCGCGCCCGUCACCCCCGCCAGCUCUACCGUUGCUGUCGCCGGCUCCGCCCCCGGCACCGGCACCUGGCGCCAUCCUCAGUUCGAGGAGAUCACUCGGCGCCAGAAUGCCAGUGCCUUCGGCGAGGACCAGGCCAAGAGUCUCUUCUCCACCGCCUGUCUCCUCUUCCUGACCUUCGCCGUCACCGCUUUCACACCCGCCUGGUUCGCCGAUGCAGCGAUCGCAGACGUCCCCUUCCUUAGCAUCAGGUACAUCAUCUGGCUCACCCGCGUCGUGCUCGCCAUCAACGGCUCUGUCACGCUCCUGCCUCUGUUCCGCACCCAGGACGAAGUUGCCGACAUCCCGCUGAGCGCCUCGCAGCGCGCUCUCCUCGGCCUGGACCCGCGAGUGUCGACCCCAGGCGGCUCCAUAGUGACACCGCCGCGUUACGCCCGCUCCGCGACGCCGCGCAGCAGCGACAGGCCGCUGCAGACGGGAUCCCCGAACUACGGUAGCCCGUUCGGGUCCAGCCUUGGCUUCCGCGAGGCAUCGAGCCCCUUCAGCCCCAUCACGAGUCCCCUGCUGCAGAAGGCGGUUGGUGGACGGAGGAGGAACAGUCUCUCCAGCUCUCAGUCGGCUGGUGCUAGUGGCUGGGAGCUGUACGAGAGUCUGGGCAAGGAGACGAGCAAGGACACUUCGAUGGCGAUUCCUGGCACACCCACUCCCCUCGGCGGUGGCAAGGGCCCUUCGGUUGCUCUGACGAGCCGCUGGCUGUACGAGAGGAACCGGAGAAGCUCGGGCCAUGGAAGCCCCGGAAGAGUGUACGGGUGA